AUGCCCAAGGUGUCUGUUGUUCCUGGUGGUCGUUGGAAUCGGUUUAAAACCUAUUCAACGAUUCAAAGAACCUUGGAGAUAUGGGGCUCUGUCUUCGCAUUUAUAUUCAAGGCAUCCCUUGAUGCCCAUGAAUUACCUGCAGGGGGGAUGACGGAAGAGAAAAGGGUCAUGAGGAGGAAAGUUCUUGCCAAGUGGCUCAAGGAGAGUAUUUUGAGAUUAGGCCCCACAUUUAUUAAAAUAGGACAGCAAUUCUCCACCAGGGUGGAUAUUCUUCCAAAAGAAUAUGUGGAUCAAUUAUCUGAAUUGCAGGAUCAGGUCCCUCCAUUCCCUUCAGAGACAGCUGUGUCAACUAUUGAAGAAGAGCUGGGAGCAUCUGUAAAUGAGAUAUUUGAACGAUUUGACAUUGAACCAUUAGCUGCUGCUAGCCUCGGCCAGGUUCAUCGGGCAUGCCUAAAUGGCCAAGAAGUUGUACUCAAGGUGCAAAGGCCUGGUCUGAAAGAGCUGUUUGAUAUUGAUCUGAAGAAUUUAAGGGUAAUAGCAGAAUACCUUCAGAAAGUGGAUCCCAAGUCAGAUGGUGCCAAGAGAGACUGGGUUGCUAUUUAUGAUGAAUGUGCAAAUGUAUUAUAUCAGGAAAUAGACUAUACCAAAGAAGCAUUUAAUGCUGAAAAGUUUGCUGAAAACUUCAAAAACAUGGAUUAUGUGAAGGUUCCAGAAAUUUACUGGGAGUACACUACACCUCAGGUUCUAACAAUGGAGUAUGUCCCAGGAAUCAAAAUAAAUAGGAUACAGCAGAUAGAUAAGUUAGGGCUUGAUCGGAAAAGGUUAGGCCGGUAUGCUGUUGAGUCCUACCUUGAGCAGAUUUUAUCGCAUGGAUUUUUCCACGCCGACCCGCAUCCAGGAAACAUUGCUGUUGAUGAUGCCAAUGGUGGGAGGCUUAUCUUCUACGACUUUGGGAUGAUGGGAAGUAUUAGCCCAAAUAUCCGUGAAGGACUGCUUGAAGUAUUUUAUGGAGUUUAUGAAAAAGAUCCUGAUAAAGUGCUUCAAGCAAUGGUUCAAAUGGGUGUCCUUGUUCCUACUGGAGAUAUGACAGCCGUCAGAAGAACAGCUCAAUUUUUCCUGGAUAGCUUUGAAGAGCGUCUAGCUGCACAAAGGAAAGAGAGAGAGAUGGCAACCGUGGAACCUGGAUUUAAAAAACAAUUAUCUAAGGAGGAAAAGUUUGAAAAGAAGAAGCAGAGACUUGCAGCUAUCGGAGAGGAUCUUUUGGCAAUUGCUGCUGAUCAACCAUUUCGGUUUCCUGCCACCUUUACAUUUGUUGUCAGAGCAUUCUCAGUACUGGAUGGUAUUGGGAAAGGUUUAGAUCCUAGAUUUGAUAUUACAGAGAUUGCUAAGCCUUAUGCCAUGGAGUUGCUCAGAUUUAAUGAAGCUGGUGUUGAAGUACUUGUUAAGGAUGCAAGGAAGCGAUGGGACAGGCAGUCUCGUGCAUUCUACAAUGUGUUCCGUCAACCUGACAGAGUUGAAAAACUUGCACAGAUCAUUGAGCGUUUGGAGCAAGGUGAUCUCAAGCUUCGUGUCAGAGCAUUAGAAUCGGAAAGAUCGUUUCAAAGAGUUGCCGCUGUACAGAAAACAAUUGGAUAUGGAGUGGCUGCGGGUAGUUUGGUAAACCUCGCUACCAUUCUGCACCUCAAUUCGAUCCGGAUGCCAGCAACCAUGGGAUACUGUCUUUGUGCGUUCUUUGGGCUACAAAUCCUGCUUGGCGUUCUCAAGGUGAAGAAGCUGGACCAACAAGAGAGAUUGAUAACCGGCACUGCCUGA